CUCCCCUGUUCCGCCUGUACGUCGGACUGCACCGUGGAGCACUUCUUUGUUCCAUGCAUGCACAAUAAACAAAACAUGCGCAUGUACAUAUGUACCUAGGUAGGGAUACUGACUGCAUCGCUGGUAAAAGUACAGAGCAUUGUUGAAAUGCGUGUGCAAUAUCAAGCCUCCACCAUCAACCUUGUAUUCAAAAUGUUGAUGCUGAUGGCCACGGGUGUUGGCGCGGCGCGGCGGUGCUCUCCAGUCACGUGCUCGGCUGUGCCUGGACAUCUGGGGCGGGCAACCACCAGCUGUCACUUAGGCCGCCUGAAUCUUGAACACCACCAAUCCAGCCCUGUGUCUACUUUCCCUCUCCUACCACUCUGCUGUUCUCGCACUUGGCCUCCAGGAAAAUGGUCUUGUUCGGUCUCGGCAGCCUUCUCUACGUUGCUCUGCUUCUUGUGAACGGCAUCGCCGUCCUCUCCGAAGACCGCUUUCUCGCACGCAUCGGCUGGACACCGUCCGCCGCAGAACCAGGUUUCGGUCAACGUGAUGAUGCUGGUGUCAAAUCACGCCUCAUCAAUCUCAUAUCCUCGGUGCGCACCUUAAUGCGAAUACCUCUGAUAGCCAUCAACACCGUGGUAAUUCUCUAUCUUCUCGUCACGCCCGGCUAAGACUCGAUCCGUCACUCCGCAUGUUUACGGUUUUCUUCUCGCAGACGCCGUCUCCAGGGUCAAUAUUCCCCACCUCGUCUACCAUUCAUCGGGCCAUAGGACUCCAUUCGUAGUAGCUACCUGCCGAGUAGUAGAAUGCAUUGGAUGCAACAUCCCCAGUGGCCAUGAAGCAGGGAGAUGCCCGUUGAUGGGUUGGUCGAAGGAUAAUGGACGGAGGAAACAAUGAUUUUAUUGAAUAUAGCAAUGUGUUCUGCUCACCCCUAUAUCUAUGCUGCAUCCAGUGAGCAUAUCAAAACAGUUCAAAAUAUCAUGUAAGGCAGUAUUUCGCUACCUAUAUUUCUCCGUGUGCACACAUCCAUGCAUCUUCCUG